AUAUUUUGCCAUUCUAUCCCAGUAGACUGUAGUUGCCUUUGAAGAUGAAGUGUUUGGUGAUUUGCGUCGUGUUGCUCGGAGUUUUCCUCCUGUGUUCCGCAAAACAUGAGCGUUCCAGAAACAAUUCUGGAAAGCAUCGACAUUUCAGGCACAGGGGCAGGAAACUAGCUUCGCGCCUGCUGGACGAAAUUGAAGAUCUGAAGAAGCAGUUGGCUAAGUGUCAAGGAAUCAAAGAGGGAUCAGGGCCAGCUACGGAUGCACCAGUCACUGAAGAACCAACCACCGAGGCACCAACCACAGAGGCACCAACCACCAAGGCACCAACCACCGAGGCUGUAGUGAUAACAACAAUACCGGGUAAUGCAAUUAUUUAG